GACACCAAACCAGUGAGAAGAGUAACCAGUAAGACACUGGGAAGCUGUGCGCUCCAGAGGUCUUCAGAAUGCAAGCUUUCUGGAGGACUGGAAGCCAACUGAUAAAGGGACUUGCCCACUGGACAGGUCCUAGAUACCAUCCUGGAACAUCUGGAGAACUUUUGUUGCAUCCUUUCCAACGUUCUUCUUGGACACCAUUGUGGACAACCUCAGCCCCGUUCUGUCAGUCUCUGUAUCUCAAGGAUUAUGGAUUCCCCAACCCAAGCUGGAGGCAAGAGAUGGUUGAGCAGUUCGAGAAGUUCACAGCACUGUCAAAAGAUGGGAUGUGGAGAAAGAUGCCGAAUCGUAUGCAAUUUUUGGAUCUUAUGCCAGAAUGGCUGAAAGGAGGCUUUGAGGAGAGGAAACAUAGCAACAGCCGAUAUUUUUUGAGAUGCGUGGAUGCCGAAGGCCUAGGCUUUGAGUUUGUGUUGUUCUUCAAUGCAUCUGAGAAAAGGAUGGUGGCCCUCUUCCAGCCGGGUUCUUAUCUGGAAGGGCCAACAGGGUUUGUGCAUGGCGGGGCUCUGGCGGCCAUUCUUGAUACCACGUUUGGAGGUUGUGCCCUCUACAGCAUGGGCAAGAUUUUGACGGCGAACCUCAACAUCAACUAUAAGAGCCCCAUCAAGUUGGGCUCCGUGGUCCUGGUGGAUACCAAAGUGGACAGAACAGAAGGGAGGAAGCUGUACAUGUCUGGCUCUGUGCAGAGUAUUGAUGGUCAGGACCUCCACGCGGAAGCCACAACUCUGCUCAUCCUGCUGGAUUCAAAGACUUCUCCUCAGGAACGCAUCCAUUCCGAGUGAUCUAGGCUCCUCAGAGCCUUCUCUUCCAGGAAAACAACACUGGUCAUGGAAAGCUGGUACCCAAGCCAGACUGGAUUUGGAAAUCUGGAUCCCUCUGCUUCAUGCCUUCCCGGAACUGAUAUUACACUCUAAUUUAUAUAACAAAAUAUAUUCUUAGUUGAAACUAUGGAGA